AUGCCUCGAAGGGAGAUCAUCCAAAUUCAUAUUGGGCAGGCAGGUGUGAACUUGGCCGAGAGUUGCUGGGAAUUGUUUUGCUUAGAACAUGGAAUAUCUUUGGACGGUAAUAUUGUGGGAGAAUCUCGUUGUCAUAUCGACGACAGCUUCAGCUCAUAUUUCACGGUGUCAGCUGCAGGAACCGUGGAACCCAGGACCAUUAUGAUUGAUUUGGAACCAUCUGCUAUUAAUAACGUCAAAAUUGGACACCUACAAAAAAUAUUUGAUCACACUAAAUUUGUAACUGGCAAAGAAGACACUGCCAACAUUUACACAGCUGGAUACUGUGGCCAUGGAAGGGAGUUAUAUCAUUUAGCAGUGGAUUGCAUAAGGUUAUUGGCCGAGAAAUGUAACAACCUGGAAGGAUUUGUACUCUUUAGAUGCUUUGGAGGUGGAACAGGUUCCGGAUUCAGUUCCCAGCUUCUUGAACACAUUUCAGAGCGUUACAACAAGCAAAUAAUUAUGGAGUUCGGCGUGUUCCCUUCACCCAAUGUGUCACCCGUUAUAAUAGAGCCCUACAAUACCGUUUUAACAACCCACGCCAGCAUGGAGAACGAAGACUGCUGUUUCAUAUUGGACAACGGAGCCGGUUAUGACAUCCUCGUAAAAAAUAUUGACGAAGACGACGCCCUUACUUACAAGGGAAUAAAUCGACUGUUUGCCCAAGUUAUCGCAUCCGCCACAUCCUCGUUGCGAUUCCAAGGGCCGAUCAACGUCAGCUUGGAGGAGUUUCAAAAGAACAUCGUACCGUACCCCAGGAUCCACUACCCACUGAUAACCUAUUCACCAGUGAUAAACGUAAACAGGCCGGCGUACGAAGAAUUGACGUUGGCCCAGAUGACCGAACGUUGCUUCCAUCCCGACACCUCGCUGGUCAAGUGCGACCCAAGAACCGGGAAAUAUUUGAAUGCGUGGUUCCUGUACCGCGGCCAGGUCAACCCCACCGACAUCAAUUCGGCCAUCACUUGGGUGAAGGCUCAGCACUCGAAACAGUUCAUCAACUGGUGCCCUGUCGGUUUUAAAAUUGGGCUUAACUAUAAUGCUAUCGAGACGGUACCUAAAGGUCACCUAGGGUCGCCCGCAAGGGACUGCACCAUUGUGAGCAACAACUCAGCCAUAAAGGAAAUUUGGGAAAGGCUGAUCACCAAGUACGACAUGAUGUUGAAUCGGAAGGCCUACUUGUACCACUAUUUGUCUGAAGGGUUGGAGGAGUCGGAGUUUCAUGACGCUAGAGAAAACCUGCUGUAUCUAAUUGAUGAUUAUAGGGAAGUAGAGAUAGAAGUCGAAGACCCUGAUAGUUACGAAGACGGCGAUGGUUGA